UAUCUGCGUUUUACUGAUUGUUAUCACACACGGUACACGUGACUUUAAUGUUUAGUAGGUCAGUCAGGCUGGCACGUGAAAAAUCCUAUUGAUAAAAAGAAAGUAAAGUCUUAAGCAGAGAGGAAUAGGCAUUCAAAGAUGGCUGAAUCAGAUAUGGUUAUUGUUGGGAACAACUCGAAAAAGUUUUGUAAGGACCUGAUUGAGACUCUGGAUAACAAAGUCUCAGAAAUACUCGAGGAAAUCAAAGAUUGUCUUGUUGAAAACCCAACACAGUGUGAACAUUGGGUGGUGAUUGUAAAUGAAUCUUUAGAGGAAAAUGAUGACGAAUCAGGAUUUGUUAUGGUAUCACAUUCAACUCUGAAACAGAUGACAGAUGAUAUAUUUAUGCGUUUAGAUAAUUUGCAAAGUUCUAUUAACAAGUACAUAUCCAGUCAAAAGGGAAAAACAAAAGAAGAAACUCUCAAUAAUGAAAUCAACAAAAAUGAAAAACUUCAAUUUCGAAUGGAACAGUUGGACAAACAAAUAACCUUCUUCGAAAAGGAAGCAAAACGACUUAAGGAAAAAGUUUCAACAUUAGAACUGCAAAAAGAAGGUCUACUAACAAGGCUCAGUGAAGUUGCUGGUUUGCGGUUAUGUGAUAACAACCCCAAUAUACAAGAUUUGUCUGACACUAAAAGACCUACGAAGAUCGUCGAGGCGUUCGGUGAGUUGUAUGAUAACGAGUGGACAAAUGCUUUGGAGGAUCUGUUGAAGACACAACAUUCAGAGCGAGAAGCAAUUGAUACCCUUGCUGGUAUCUUAAAGUCGGUUUUUGAAACGUGUAACACGUUUGCGAGGAGUCAACGAAUGGCAUUAUUGAGAGGAAUGGCUUUAUGCGGUUCAUGUCCGGAAAACGACCUUGAUGCUUUAUCGCAGGGUUUGAGAAAUAAAAUUAAAACAUUGCAAAAAGACAGUGCAAUGGAUGUUUAUCCAUUUGUGAAAAAGCAAGUCGAUGAACGAAUUAAUUAUGCCAGCCUCGAUAAAGAAGUAAAAGAAUAUGUAGAUCGCUGUGCAGAGUUAUCUUGGUUGAUGAACGUGCAAGAUCCACCUCUCGUGUUGUACUUUAAGGCAAGGUCCGGCGAUCCUGUAGACAAGAAGAAGUUUAGUGUCUAUACCAAAAACGGAAGUGUUGUAGAUUUUGUCGUAUGGCCAGCAGUGAUGUACGAAAAUGAGACGUUAUUUAGGAAAGGCGUGUUACAAGCAAAAUGACAUCAAACAAUUGAACGAAAUGUUGCUUAAAGAGACAGUACAGGUGAAACACGUGUGUGAAUAACUUCAGUUUUACCUAUUGUAUCGUUAGGGAAUAAGAAAUAACGUUGAUUGUAAUAGUUGAAAUACAUAAAUAUCCCUUUCACACACGUAAUUAACGUAAUGUGAGCUUCCGGAAAUUUGAUUUGCGGACUUUGACAGUAAUUGACAGGAGCUGAAAACUACAAGAGCUUCGUCCGACUACGGUCAUCAUGAUUUACGAGGUUAAAGGGACUCUCUUAAUCACUUAUCACUUUCUCGUUAAUUUAUAAAUGGUAUACUAAUAUUGGUUCAUUUUAAAAUGAACAGACAUAUAUAUGUCAAAUAACCCUCAAGGGGUCCCAUUUACACAAAAAUAUAUACAAAAAUGAAUUUAGGUUGUAGCAACUCCUAUCAUACACACGCAAAAUACAUUCUUACAAAAUAAUAAUUGUGGUUAUUUUAAAAAUUAUUACCUGGAAGAAGUAGAAAAGACAUUUCUAUCAACAAACAUGUCCAGGAUAAUCUUUGCGAGUCCUGCAUUUGUUUUGUUUACAAUAAAUACGCAUGGGUAAUAGUAUAGAAGGCUGAACCUCGUAACACGUUUCGAUGUAGAUACAUGUAUGUAUAGGUUAUACGUAAUUAUUAAUUUUGAUGAAAUAAUUAGGUUUAAUUCAUGGAGAACUUUGUAAUUUUCUGAAAGUUUAUGCAUCUUCUAUAUGAUUUGAUGAUACAACCUUACUUUUAAAAACAACCGUAUCACUGUAGCUCACACAGACAAUUAGGGCAAUCUUACAUGUAUAUAUUCACUUUGGAGCCUAAACCUUAGCAUUUGGUGGUAGAAAAUCAAAAAUAUGGCAAUGGUCCCUCUUUUCUUCAAUGUGACUUAACAAAACUAUAAUUUAAGUACUCGACUUAGAGAUCCUUUUUAAUUUGUUUACAGUUCUUAGGCAACUUUAUAAUCCCACUACCAGACUGAACCUUUGCUUCGUGAUAUCUUAACUAUAGAUAGCUUAAUUCUCUCAUCGGAAAAGUAUACAUCCAGUCGUUUUACCCGUAACGAACCAGUAUGCGGUUUCGUCGUGUAUACGACUAUUAUUAUCGGAAUUCCAAAGUUUUUCUUUUUUGUUUAAAUCGCGUUUCUUUGUCCUUCUAAACUGUGCAAAUAUCAAACAACUCCACAUAUUGAUAGAAUAUUUAUUUCUGUAUUAUAAUUACCUAGCUUGGAUUUUUAAAACCUUAACUUCGUUUUUCACCAAUAAUUUUUCUAAAAAUUAUUCCAUACUGGCAAAUACUCGUUACCGGUAAAACGACUGUAUAAGGAAUUCAUUCAAAUUUAAUAGCAGAAAGAAGAUUAUUAUAAUACUAGUGUUCUUUGUAACCUCUUGGAGCCAGAACCCCUGUUUUUGGUCUUUCUAAAAAUCACGCAAUAUAUACGAAAAACCUUAAAUGCAUAACUAAAUAAGCAGUCAAUUUCAAUUUAGCAGAAGUAAAAAAAAAUUAAAACACUAUAAAUACAAGCACGUAGCAUUUUUUGAAAGUGUGUGUGUGGGGGGGGGGGGGGGUAACUCAUUCCAAAAUAAAACCAAACAAGGGAAAAUGUUAUUUUCCAAAAUCCUGAUAAUCCUAACUCGGGGGUAAGUAUACUUUUAACUUCAAUUUCACUGUUCAUUUCCUUAUUUUCAAUCCAAAUUUUUUCUCGUGUCAUUUCAAUUUUUUGUAUGUAAAUUUACGAAAAAUCUUUGGUGCGCCAAAAGUUGGCCCCUGGCCCCCCUGAAGCUACGUGCCAGAAAAAGUCAUACUUUAUGACCCUUUUUUCCCAGCCCUGAUGUCAGAUACCCUACCCCGGAAGUCAAUAUAUUUACAAAUUAACUCUAUGACUAUUUUGGUCCUCUUUAAAAUAAAAAUCCUACAUCUGGGGACGCAAAUAGUACAGUUGUUGUAUCGGGAUUUAUGGUGUACAUAUUUGUGAAUUCAAGUUUUCAUUAAAGUUUUCAUUAAAGUUUUGGCCCUGUCUGCAGGGCCAUGAAAUUUACCAUUUGUAAUUAUAUUUCCCUUACUCCGUUGAUGUAAUACUAAUAUACCACAUAUAUUAAGAAAUGGCCAUUCGGU